AUGGGUGUCUACAUGAUAUCUGCCAGCAUGAAAGCUACCAAAAGAGCCAAGUGUAACAAUGUUUAUACAAUUACUUUUGGGCCACAUGGAACCAAUUUUCCUGAUGUGAUUGAAGUCUUGGAGCCCAGUCUAGCAUUGCUUGACAAGGGCAUUAAUAUGAAUAUUUCUAGCAAGAGAGUCACUAGAGUUAUUUUCUCUUGUCUCUGUUUUCUUGGGGAUAUGCCACAACAGAAUGCCAAUGCUGGAAUAAAAGAGCCUACAGCAACAUGUUCUUGUCAGAGCUGCAUGGUUUUGGAGAAUCAGCAACAUGACAUGGAUUUUGAUACCAUUGCCAAAGGACACUAUCAUUUUCAGAUUCUGCAGCAGAGAGAAAAAAUCAACUCUACAGAAACCCAAGCUUUAAAGCAAAGCCUCUGCAAGGAAUAUGAAAUGGCCAAAGAGCAGACAGCAUUGCUUAAAAUAUGCCCAUCUCUCAAUCUGGUGACCUUCUUUUCUUCUGACCCAUGUCACAGUGAAUUUUCAGGAAUAUCAAAACUGGCACACUAUUUAUUGGUUUCAGUGAUUCUUACACCCCAUGGUCAAAAAGAAUACUGUAAAUUGCUUCAGAGGUUUCCAUUCUGUCAGAGAUGGGCCUGUCUUCAAUCUCUGCUUACUCAUUUGGAAUCCUAUCAAUUACAGGAGCAUGUUUUAAUUGAUGCUGCUGCAUCAGCUGUUGAGACUACCCAUCCAGCAGGCACUCAAGCAGGGUCUAGAGCAGCUUCCAUAACCAGUGCAAGGCCAUCUCCUGUUCCAAUUGAGCUCCUGGCACUUGAUUCAUAUGUCAAAGAGACAGGUGUCCCAAUUGCAGAAAAUUUCAAUUCAAAGAAGAAGACAAAGGCAAUUCAGAGCUUUAAAAACCACCCAAAUAUGCAUGUUGACAUACAUUAUCCAGCACAAGCAAAUGAAUAUGCAAUUCUGAACAAUUGCAAUAUUCUCAUUGGAGAGAACAAGCAUCAGAAAUACAAGAAGCUGGUCCAGAGAACAAACAAAUGUACACUGCUUCUACUACUUGAAGAAGCAUUUGCCAAUAAUGAAUUUGAGGCACCAGAUGCUGAAGGCAAAGAUAUUGCUGUGGAACCAGGCUCAACCACAAUAUGGUUCUAUAAGAAUAUUACUUUCUCACUUGGAGACCAGCAAAUCAAACUAAUGAUUGAUGAUUUGAUUGAGUAUACACAUGGAACCAGCCCUGCCAUCAGGCAAAUUACCAGCAUUUUCAUUCAUGAAUUGCAUACAAAUGAAAGGGUAUUCUUUUCAGUGAUUCCAGCAUUGGAAAUGAUGAGAGAUCAGGUUUUAGACCUACCAAUUGUGCAGGUAGACCUAGGGGGUGGCAACUACACCAUUAUUGGACUUCCUGCAAUUAAAAAGCUGAGUCUUUAUGCCAUACCAAUUAGUGAGGUGUUGGAUGCCAGCAGCAAUCUGGUUUUCAGUGGUCAUGAUUCCAGAACCUUUCUACUAUGCACCUGGGAUGUUUCAUUUCUCUGA